AUGGAAGCACAACAAAUAAUAACGUUGAGAACCAACACAAAGAGGAAAAUUGAGAGCAGAGGAAUGAACAGAUUAUUGGAAGAAGAAGCAGUGGACGAGAUUCUUUCAUUUGCCUCCGACUUCCCAUCCCACGAGGAUGAAGCCGUUGAUCUCCUCCUCGAUGUCAUCACAACCGAACUUACAUCAAAUCGAGCUCGAGUAAUAGAUAUGGAUUUAGUUCAUUGGGCAGUUACCCUUUUACGUGCUGCCAAUAAUGCUAGUGCCGAUUCAACACCACAGGACGCCAAUUUCGAAAGCGAUAUUCUUGAAACGAGGGAAAGUAUAGUAGACCUUACCGAUUCUAAUGUUACGGACUUAUUGGAUGAUGACGAUGUGGAUAUUUGGAUGCACGUGAGACAACUUUCUCUAGACGAUCUGAUCCGUCACGCAAGCUUCCCGUUCGGAGCUUCAAAAUCGGCGAUUCAGGCACUACCAGAUGUUUUUCCUGCGGAUGACUUUUCUUCUUCUUGGGCGUGUGCUGUGUGUAUGGAUGACGAGAUUGAUGCAAAGGAUGGGGCGAAACAGCUACCCUGUGAACACAUAUUUCAUACACAUUGUAUUAUUUCUUGGUUGGAAUUGCACAAUUCUUGCCCACUUUGUCGAUACAAAUUGCCCACAUAG